CUCUGCAGCCCGCCCCAGAAGGAGCACGCGGACUUUCCGUUUCCUCUGUGGCAGUUUCCUGCGAGCUGAGCUCCCAGUUUUCCGGGAGGAUCCCGUGUCCAGCCCCAGGAACCCGGAAAGGCCAGGAGCCGGUGGCAAACCCAGCCCUCAGGGCAGCCUCUGCAGGGUGGAGCUACCUAUGAAACUCUGAGGCCCCCUCUGUAAAACGGUUCUUUCCUGCGAGGCUGACAGGAUUGGUGGGAGCUAACGGGCCACACAGUAGAAGCUGACGCGCAGCUCUGCUCUGAGCUUCCUGUACCUUCUUGCCGUCCUUAUUGGCACCAAGAUCUGACUCUACCCGCUGUAAGCUCUGGCUCUGCACGCUGCCCACAGCCUGUGGCUGCUUCCUUGCCGCUGCCCAGGGGUCCGCGUGGGCAGCUGGUGGCAAAGAGAAACAAGGAUGUGACAAAAGGGAAGAAGAGGCAGAGGUGUUCAAUUGGCCAAUGGGAUUAGAGCCCUGGAAGAUGUUCACUUUGAGCAGUGCCUUGGAAAAGGCUCUUCUUCAGCACUUCAUACUCUAUAAACUGGAGAUCGCCUAUGCCAUAAACAAGCCAUUUCCCUUCUUUGAAUCUCUCCGAGACAAGUCCUUCAUCACUGAGGGGACAUACAGGGAGUCUCUGGAAGCCUGUAGAAAUCUGGUCCCUACAUCCAGAGUGGUGUACAAUAUUCUCACCAAACUGGAGAACACUUUUAACCUGUCACUUCUGAUGACACUGUUCAGCCAGAUUAACCUGUGUGAAUAUCCCAAUCUGAGGAUGAUUCUCAGAAGCUUCAUAAAUGUCAGCACCUCCUAUAGAGAGCCGAGCGGAGCCACACCAACUCCACUCAGAGCUCCUGCUGACCCAGCAGAAGGGAGCUCCCUCCAGACCCUGCUGCAGCGGCCUCCACCCCAACCACCUCCACCAAGACAUCUGUGCCUCAUAGUCGGUGAGACCACUGCACCCUUGCAGCAGAUCCACGAGAGCCUGGACAAACCACCCAGCCCUUCUGGCCCUGCUGUGCCACUGCCUGGACUCGUCCUGGGAGAAGGGAGCACUCCAGUGGCCAAUGGCAACUUAACAUCUAACACAAAGGAAGAAGAUGCACGAGAGAGGCCUAGACUUCCCACUGGCACUGUGCAAGAUACAGUGAUACAAGAUGCUUCUUCGGAACCCAGUGACCCAAAAGAACCCCAGGAAACACCUAGCACAUCUCCAAAAAAGAAAGGACAGAAAAGGAAAAGAUGUAUCUGGUCAAGUCCAAGAAAGAGAUAUAAGAGAAAAAGUCUCCCAAGAGUGAACUCACCUCUGUGGCCCCUGGUGUUGCAGAUACUCUCAGUGCCAGCCCUACUCUUCAUGGACCCUCAGGGUGGCCACCAUGAGGGGGCAGCCUCGCCUGGCCGCGGAGGCCAGGAGAAGGUCCAAGUGGUGGAUCAAAGGAAAGACGACCCAGCCUGGAACUCCAGGGUAGUGAAAAGGACCCAAAGGACAAGGACAAAAUGUGCCCAGACGUCCAGCUCCAAGGAAAAAGCCAAAGAGGACACUGUGGAUUUCCUCGCUCCCACACUUCCUGUGAUCUGCGGUGAGGCGAAGGGGAUUUUGUAUAAGGAGAAGUUGGAACGAGGUGGAGCCUCAGAGAAGAGCAUUCAGAAUGAGAAGGGAGCUUGGGUUUCACCAAAGGAAUUUACAAUUGAAGGGAAAAUGGAAAGAUCGAAAUGCUGGAGGAGGAGUGUGCGCUGCGGAGGGAAGUCCCUGAGAGAACUGAUAGAGAAUGGAAUUUUGCUCUGUCCCCCAGGAAGAAAUCUCAAAAGUAAGGUACCUAGCAGCUGAAUUCCCACCGCCUUCUCAGUCAGCUCUCUUCCAGCCCAGGGCUCACAUUUGGGCACAGCAUCUUCAUCAAGACUACUUUAGCAACCCACCACACGCACAUGCCACUACUGUUUUCAUGGUGAAGGAAACGGCUCUCUAACAUGAAAGUCAGGACAAAAGCUCACGAUGUCCAUGUGUUCCUGAAAAAGAUCUAGAUAUUGAGACAGCUGCAAACCAAGGGUGUCAAAUAGAAAGCUCUGUUGAAAAGCAGACAGGACACUGAAUGGGACAAGAAGAGUUUGUGACAGAGGGAGAGGAUUGUCCUCCACUGAACACCGAGUAUUUCCAAUGCUCUGCGCUUAUUUCCAGUAGCAUCGGGAGGGAAGAGCGUGGUUGAACUGAGUUAGCUCUGUCUCGGGGAGGCCUCCAGGGAAGGUGGCAGCCAUCUGUUACCACACUGACUUCUCCACUUAGCGUCUUUUCUUGCCCACACAUAUUCUCCAGCCUUGGGUCCCCUCUGGAGGUGAACUUCCACCAGAGGCAGAUGUGCCCAGGAAACUGGCCUGGCCCUUGGCCGUGUUCAUGCCCAGUGUAAGACAGUGGCCCCCUGUUAGCAUUUAAGGGACAAACCAUAUUUUCCACAUGGACUUGAGAUACCUUGGAAAUCAGGACAGCCCCUUGAAACAUCAUAAUAGCUAAAUAUUAUGGAAGAACAGAAAUUUCACCAACGUUAUAAAAUAAACCAUCUACAGAAUGAGCAGAAUGGGUUUGUUAAAAACAUGUGUAUUCAUAGGUACUGCUGGGGUCUGAAUGUCCCUAGCCAAACUCAUGUUGAAAUAUAGUCUCCAUUGUGAGAGUGGAAACUUAAUCCCGCUGUGGUAUUUGGAGGUGGGACCUUCAGGAGCUAAUUGAGGUUAAAUGGGUCCUGAAAGGUGGGGUCCUCACCCCAGGGAACUGCAGCUUUAUAAAAAGAGGAGGAGGGCCCUGUCUGUUGCCUUGUGAGGUCUGCUCAGAACUCACCAGAUGAGGCCACUCAAUCUUGAAUUUCCAAGCUUUUGAAACCACAGCUAAAUCAACCUUAAUAGAUGACUCAGUCUGUGGUAUACAGUUGUAGCAACAGAAAAUAAACAAAGACGGGCACUUAUCCAGCAGCUAAGGGGAAACCACCACAAGGAGACCUUCAAGAAGCUUAUGGUGGUCAAUGUGUGUGAGUAGAGCCCAGCUUGGUUUAUGUGAAUACUAGGUCUGUCCUGCAAAAAUGUCUGAAAGAAUCAACUGUGCUCCUUCUGGGUGGGAUUACAGGGGCAUUUGCCUUCUGUAUGAUAUGCUUAUGUACAGUUGGCAUUUUAUAAUGACGACUACUUUUGUGACCAGAAAAAAAAAAAUAAAGAUCUUUCAAAUCCAGAA